UAUUAGAUUUUUGUGUAGUGGUAGCCUUGAUAGCAUCGAGCUAACUUCUAGUCUAUGUUUAAGUUCUUUAAGAAGGUUAAUUAUUUUCUAGAUUUUCAAUUAAAAAUAAUUAAAAAUGAGUAAAGCACAUCCUCCAGAACUCAAAAAAUAUAUGGACAAACGUCUUUCACUAAAAUUAAAUGGUGGAAGACACGUAAUUGGAAUUUUACGUGGCUUUGAUCCUUUUAUGAACAUGGUAAUCGAUGAAAGCGUAGAAGAAUGUAAAGGUGGAACGAAAAAUAAUAUUGGUAUGGUGGUAAUUCGAGGAAACAGUGUAAUAAUGUUAGAGGCGUUAGAUAGAAUAUGAGAUUUAACAAUAUAAAUAUAAAUUUAUAUUUCCAUAAUAAGAAAUUCUAAAUGAAAACUAUACUUUAUUAAAUGUACAGCUAUGCGUAUAUAUUCAUUUUUUAUUGUAUAAAGUUUGUCAAAUCACUUUUACAUUUUUUUUUUUUUCAUCUAUCUGUUAAUGAACGAUACGUUUAGCUAAAUUUGUAAAAAUGAAAGAAAAACAAAUGCAAGUACUUGUGUAACAAAUAAACAAAAUCUGAAAUGUGAAA